AUGUCGUUAUAUUGGCCCGAUAAUAAAUUUGAAAAUUCACUAUUUCGCACUAAUCGUAAUAAUUGGUUUCCACCUCUUGACUUUGUUGAAAAUGAAAAAGAAUUUGUUAUCCAUGCUGAAUUACCAGGUGUCACCAAAGAACAAGUUAAUGUCGAUGUUCGUGAAGACACGUUUGUUAUUUCCGGUGAAACCAAAAAGGAUGAAAAGUAUAAGGAAGGAGAUACCCACAUUCAAGAGCGUCGUUAUGGAAGUUUCACUCGUGCUAUCUCCCUUCCUCGAAACGUUAAAACUAAUGAUAUCACUGCUAAGUUUGAAAAUGGUAUUCUUGAGGUGAAACUUCCAAAGGAUGAAACUAAACCAUCUGGAAGAAAAAUUGAGAUUAAAUAA